GGAUUCCUUUUAAUAUUUACUUCUCGUGCGCGGAUAUACAGGGCGGUAACAACGUGCGAUUCACGGUGAUCACCACCAAGCUCGGCUUCAAAUUCAGAACAUGGGGCAUUCACGGACGAGAUCAAGAUCUAGGUCACCAACUCGAAGGAGUAAGAAGGAUGAUUCGCGGCGUGGGAGAUCUCCUGCUCGUGGGACUGAGCGCUCGCCGGACCGGUCCAGCGAUGACAAGUCACGGAGACGUGAGAAACGUAGAUCGAGGUCUUCUUCCACCUCAAGUAGGCGACGAAAACGCAGUUCAUCUAGAGAUCGAGGGAGAAACGACUGGGAUGAUGAUCGCCGAGGCGAGUUCCCAUACAACAAGCCGGCACCGGGAAAUAGAGCUUGGUUUACAGUUGAGCUUCGUGACGAGAUGUACGCCUUGCGCCGAGAGCUUGACCGUCUGAGAAAGAGGGUAGGUAAGCUCUCUAACGAGUUUCGAGCGCAUGCGUCUGAAAAACCUGCCGACGCAAUCACCACUGACAUGCUGAAGCAGGCGGUUGAGAAAGCAGUAUUGGAGGCGAUGUCUGAAUUUGGGAUUCUUGGGAAGAAGAAAUCUGAUAUCGGAACGGACCAGACGAGACUUAAAGCACAAACCAAGGCUGAUGAAGCAGCAAGGAUGGCCACUCUCAAGAGGCAGCUUGAAGAUAUGGAGCUUCGGUAUGAUCUGGCCAACCUCCAAGGUCAGAUCAACUCUUACAAGUCUCUCCUCACCAAGCCAUUCACAUCUCCGAAGCCGAGAGCCCCAUUGACCAAGACUCCGAAGCGGACACCUAACACCAUCGGUGCUGGUCCGAGUGGUGUGCAGAAGUCGGUGAUCAAGAAAGGUGUUGGUAGGCAUCCGAAUGGCGUGCGUAUCUCAGCAAGGAGACAGAUACUUGAAGGAAGGCAGCUAUCGGAGAGUAUGCUUAGUGCGCUACAAAUGGACGACCUCAAGAAGCUCUGCGCGAAGUACAACGUGCGGUAGAAAGGAAUUCCGCAAGCUCGUGUUGCUUUAAGGAAGAUCCCCAUGCUCAUCGUCGACAUCACCGAGGAUCUCACUGAGUACG